AUGAGGAUAGGACAGUCGUAUUGGGUGUUGUUGACAGUCGUGCUACUGUCUCCAAUCCAUGCCGAGAAGAAGAACAAUGUCAGCAAUGUCGAUGAUGGCGAGAAAGUUCAGGAGAAGAUAUCGACGUCCCUCAAACUCAGUGACGAGGACGUCAAAAACAGAACGACUAAAGCGAUGCCGGAGAAGCGGGAACAAAUCGGCGAGGUAAUACCAAAAAUACGUAGCACGUCGCUGCCGCAAAAGCUGGCUACGCUAAUCUCCACGAAAAUAUCCAACAAUGACACGACCUCACCGCCACUCGAGGAAGUCCAGUCUCUUGUCGGCGGCGGAAACAGAGAAAACGCGAGUAGGGAAUUGAUGCUACCGAGCAAUAUGGCCAUAGCGAAGAUCAUAUCCAACGAUUCCGACUCCGAGGAGAGCGAGGAGGAGGAGGAUAGUGACGAGAUGCCCGAAGCAUUACCCGAGGCUCAAGAGCUGCGGCUAGUGAGACCUCAAGAGCGACGGCGACCCGUGUUCGUCAAACCGUUGCGACCCGUGAGACCGUCUUUUCCGAACAGGCGGAACGUUUACACAGGUUUACCGAGGCCGCCCGUCAUGCGGCCGUCUAAACGGCCGAGCGAGCCGAAGAGGAGACCCACGGAAAACGAAUGCACUUUCUUCACAAAGACGGUGUGUCUCGAGGCCAGCGAUUAUCCGCACGAGGCGAUAAUAAGAAGUUUAAGGUCCAAUAAGGAAAUGGUAUCCGCAUUGUUGACCGAUUACAAGGCGCAAGACGGAAGCGCGGAAGAAAAAUUGCCGAGCGCCCUACCGUUGGAAAAUAAAUAUGAGAACAGAUACGAGAGCAAUGAGAUUAAAAGACGAUUUGACAAUCCCUUCGACAACGUGGAGGAGGGUUUCACUUGUCCAUCAACUGUCAAAUAUGCUCGCCCGCAAUUAGCGAGAGCUGCUUCCGGAGUAUGGAAAUAUAUAAUAAAUACAGGUGAACACACCCAGACGAUACGACUGGAGAAAUGUUCCAAUCCACAGUCAAGUUGCUCGUUUAUCUCCGAAAACUAUCGUUCCUCCUGCGUGCAAGUCUACAACUAUCACAGACUGCUGACUUGGGACCAGAAACUGGGACUACACAUGGACAUAUUCAAAGUUCCGACCUGCUGCAGCUGCCACGUGCACGGCUACGCCGAGAUUUUCCCACCGCAUCAGAAGGAUCCCCCAACUAAGCCCAAGGAGACGUUUCCGGGCGCGGAUUUCGCGACGAUCAACGAUCAGAAGGACGAUUUUCAGGAUCUCAACAA